UUUACCUUAGCAGGGCUGUGGGUAGAUACAAAGGCUUCUUGCAUCUAAUCAAAAGAAGUGAAGAAAACGUCAGUCGUGUACCAACUCGAGACAUUGAUCUCAUAUGGCACACUCAUCAAUUACAUCCCGUUUCCUACUGCAAAGACCUGACGAAACUACUUGGCAAGGUUGCGGGUCACAAUGACAGAGAAGAACAAAGUGAGUUGAAAAUAGGGUUCUCUACGACCUCAAAGCAUUGGGAAGAAACAUAUAGUCGUAGAUAUUGGAGAGAUGCUAAGAUGUACGGACGCAACUCAUUGUUAACUCUUGAAGAUUAUCAUGAUGGCCUUUCUCACCAUAACACUGUAGUAAACAAAAACAUCAACAAUAAAGAUGUGGGACUGUUACGUCUUCCUGAAACUGAGGAGGUUGUUGAGGUAAUGUUGGAGAUUGUUGGUGUAAAGAAUGUACCGGAGGGGGAGGGGAGGAGGUUGUUUGUAGCAUUCAGUAAGGAAGGGUCAGAUCGAAUCUUUAAUGCGAAGGGAAGACUUGACAUUUCACCGCCAUCGCCGAUGACUACUGUGAGCAAUGGUGCAAAAUAUCUAGUUGCUUGCUUCCAAUGCGAACCUAGUGGGAAUUUGAUGUUUGAACUUUUGAGCGAACCAUGGAGCUCCAACAAUAAUACUCCCCCACUCUCUCAUGCGAAGAAGACUAUGGGUUCUUUUUCUUUCUCUUUAGGAGAGUUGUUGUCAGCAGGAGGUUCUAAUAAAAAUAAUAAUAAGCCCAUGGCUGUGGAGAAAUGGUUUGAAAUAGGAGUAACUCCUGCAGAUUCCAAUAGUUCCAUGGUCUCAAAGCCCAUGUUUUUGGGAAUUGCAAUCUCAAUUGCCAUACCAACUAUGACACCGUAUGUGCUUCACAUGAUUCCAGCCUCUCCACAGCCACCAAACUCUAAAAGUUCUUUCCUAUUCCCUCUUGAUACUGCCAAGGAUAAACCAUGGACCCGCGUCGUAGACGAAUGUGGUGACGAGAUCAUCCACCUCCGAAUGAGAUUAAGUAUUUCCCUGGUUGGAAGCUGGAUUAUUCUCACCUCAAGCAUUGGGAGAAAACUGAAAAUGAAUUCAUGACCGCAAUAGAGUUCUCGGCUGAACACCCAUAUGGCAAGGAAGUGGCUAUGAUCAACCUCAAUUCUGGUGUAGUAAAUGUAAAUGAUUUUUUAAAUAAUAUAACUUUGGCUUAAUAUAUCUUAUAUUUGGAGUUAUAUAUAUAGGGGUAUAUAUAUAUACAUUAUAAACAGUAUAAUACACUCUAAAUAUAGGUGAAAGAGGAGGGGCUGCUUAUGCCUGUAUUGGUGACUGCUUUUAUACUCUAUGAUAUUCUCAAAAAGAAAGAAGUGCCUGAUGAUGAUAAAGGGCCAUCCAAGGAUAGGAAUUACAGGCUCAAGACUCCCCAGAGUGAAUUUGUGAUUUUAUCAGCUUGUGGCUCCGGUGGCGGUAACGAUAGUUGCAGUGCUGAUUGCGGUUAUGGUAGAGGCAAUGAUGACUAAUUAUAUGUUUUGAAUGUCUAACCCAUUCCAAAUGAUGAUAAUUGUAUGUGUCAGCAAAUAAACCCCAACCUAUGAUUGUUUGGAGUAGUGUU